CAAACAUUUACGUUUUUCCAAAGAUUUUAUUCUUUAACAACUCUGUUUCACCACUUUCCGCAACAAGGAAAGCUACCUAAGAUUGUGAGCUGUAACCCUGAAACCGACCUUGUCUCUUCCUCUAAACACUUCCAACUUUCAACUGGGUUUUACUUGGUCUUCACAUUCAAUCUUUUAAAACCAUUCUCUUCCUCCUUUUUCUUCUCUCUCUGUCUCAUCUCUCUCAGCUCAAACAGAGUGCUAGUGUGAAAAUGGGCAGAGCAACAAGGUGGUUCAAGGGGUUGUUUGGAAUUAAGACCAAAGACAAAGAGCACAAAGCAAAUUCAAGUCCCACCGACUUCAAAGACACGAAAGGGUCAAGCUUUGGGAGAGAAGAUGCAACCCUACUGUGUCACAACCCAGCCACAAUACCUCCCAACAUAUCACCAUCUGAGGCAGCUUGGCUGAGAUCAUACUACAAUGAAACAGAGGAGGAGCAGAACAAGCACGCAAUUGCUGUGGCAGCCGCGGCUGCUGUGAAAGUUCAAACUGUUUUUAGAGGCUAUUUGGCAAGAAAAGCACUGAGAGCUCUGAAAGGACUGGUGAAGUUGCAGGCGCUAGUUAGAGGGUAUUUAGUGAGGAAGCAGGCCGCAGCAACUCUGCACAGUAUGCAAGCUCUCAUUAGAGCACAAGCCACAGUUCGUUCUCAUAAAACUCGGGGGCUCAUCAACACCACCACCAACAACAUUGAAGCCAAUAGCAGAUUUGAAAUCCGUGCACGAAAAUUCAUGGAGAGAUUUGAUGACACUGGGAGUGAGCACACAGCUCCAAGCCACAGCAGAAGGCUCUCUGCUUCUAAUUUGGACGCCAAUAUUGAUGAAAGUCCCAAAAUUGUGGAGGUUGAUACAGGCAGGCCUAAAUCUAGGUCACGCAGAACAAACACUUGUGUAUCUGAAUUCAGUGACGACCCAACUUACCAACAAGCACUGUCUUCUCCAAUCCCAUGUAGAGGACCUGCCCGGCUAUCGAUCCCCGAUAGCCGGAAUUUCCCAGAAUCCGACUGGGGACUAGCUGGAGAUGAAUGCAGAUUCAUUUCCACAGCACAAAGCACACCGCGGUUUGUGAAUUCAUGUGGGGCUAGUAAUUUGCCUGGCACACCUUCAAAGAGUGUUUGUGCUGAAAAUUUUUUCAGAGGGUAUGCUCCAAAUUACAUGGCGAGCACUCAGUCUUUCAAGGCCAAGUUGAGGUCUCAUAGUGCUCCUAAGCAGAGGCCAGAGACAGGGCCAAAGAGGAGAAUUUCACUUCAUGAAAUGUUGGAGUCAAGAAAUAGUCUAAGUGGGGUGAGGAUGCAGAGGUCUUGUUCACAAGCUCAGGAUGCCAUUAAUUUCAAGAAUGCUAUAAUGAGCAAGCUUGAUAGGUCCUCUGGAAUCUGGUAACUCAGAGCCAGAGAGGCUAGUUGCAAUAAUCAAGUUCAAGCUAAAAAAACCGUGUUGGUUAAAGAAUGAAUAGGGGGAAGGGAAUAUACUAGAUAGAUGUGUUUGUAGAUUAUAAUUUACUGUUUAUUAUAGUGAGAUGUAAUCUCAUUUUAAUGUUGGCUUCUGAUAAAUUAUGAUGGGGUUAUUAUGUGUUAA